AUGAAGUAUUUCAUUAUUCUCUUACUAUUUAUUGAUGUGAAAGCUCAAGAUCCAUGUGCUGAAGCUCCAAAUGAAGCUGCUAAAAUCAUGUGUCGGCAGAUUCAUAAAUGGGAUGAUGGAGCUAGGAAAGCUGCAUCAAAAAAGAAAAUCGCUCUGCCACCUGGAAUGGCAGAAGGAAUAGGUAAAGGAAUAGCCGCUGAUUUCGCUCCGAUAGCUUCAUCCAUCUAUCAGUGUAUGGAUUUAGCUUGCAUGUGCACAUAUUUGAGAGGAACAGCCACAGCCAAUGGUGGAUGUACUUUACCUGAUGGCAAGCCUCUACAAAAAGCCGUUAGGAAAGAGUAUCGCAUGAUGACCGAUGACGAGAGACAACGUUUUCAUAACGCUUUUCGUACACUUAAAGAGAAUGGUGAAUAUGAACGUAUUGGGCGAAUUCAUUCGCAAAUGAGUAACAGUGGAGGAGCCCAUUCUGGUCCUGCUUUCCUUCCAUGGCAUCGUGAAUUCAUCAAACGAGUUGAAUUUGCCCUUCGGCAAGUUGACCCAUCAAUCUUUCUUCCUUAUUGGGAUUCAACAUUAGAACAUCAUUUACCAACUCCCGCCAAUUCAGCUAUCUUCAGUGAAGAUUUUUGUGGAGGAAGUGACGCUAACGGCCUCGUCAUAAAUGGUCCAUUCACGAAUUGGAGAACGCUCGAGGGCAGAGCUAACAUUCAAAGAAAAGUUGGAGCUCAGGGUUCGCCAUUUUCACAGGCUGAUAUUGACUUCGUUAUGAGACAAACAGAAGUUGAUCAAGUUUUAGCAUUCACUUCACCAAGACAGGGUUGCCCAUACCGGACAGAUUUUAAUUGUCUUGAAUAUACUCAUGGUAAUGUUCAUAUUUUUGUUGGUGGAGAUAUGUUUGAUACUUCUACUUCUGCCAAUGAUCCUAUCUUCUUCAUGCAUCACAGCUUCGUUGAUUUGAUUUGGGAACAAUGGAGAUUAGCAAAGCAGUCGAGAGCAGACAGAGAACUCUUAUACCCACCUGAUAAUCAACUCUGUUCUUCGAAUAACCAUUUCGGCGCUGGUGGAUUAUUACCUUUUACUCCCAUGAGGAAUGUUGAUGGUCUAUCCAAUAAGUUCACAGAUAACUUGUACUCUUACGCUCCACGGCCAACCUGCUCCGCUGCUAAUGCCAAUUGUGGUUCUCCUGCAUUAUUCUGUGAUCUAUCCCAUGGUAAUGCUCGCUGUGCUGCCAAAAUUCGAAAAGGAGCUCCUUGCCCUGGUUUUACACGAGGCGAAAAUCCGUGUUAUAAUGGAAUUUGUCAAGGAGGUGUUUGCGUUGCUACCGCAAAUACAACACCAACUGUACCAACAGUACGUCCAACACAGCCACCUGUACGUAUUCAGCCUCAGGAAACAUGCUUCAAUGAAAAUCAUUGUUGUGCCACCUGGGCAUCAAAGGGUGAAUGUUCCAGAAAUACUGGAUACAUGAACGAAUGGUGCAAAGCAAGUUGUGCUCAAUGCAAACCACAGUACCGCCUAGUAGAUGACUGUACUGAUCGACAUGUAAACUGUCCUACAUGGUCCAGAUCGGGAGAAUGUACGAAGAAUCAACUGUGGAUGAGUGAAAAUUGUCGUAAAAGUUGUAAUAAAUGCAAACUUACCCGUAGUCAGGAAUGUGGUAGCAAUGCUCAACAAACUGCAACAACUACCGCAUCACCGAUAGCAGCUUGUGAUAACUCCGAUGGCUGUUACAAUGAAAAUGUUUGCUGUCCACACUGGGGACUGAUGGGUGAAUGCCGUAGUUCAAGUCCAUGGAUGGCUUGCAAUUGUCGUGUCAGCUGUGGCCAUUGUACCCCAACAGAUUAUAACUAUGGAUCGUGCACUGAUUAUCAUAAGGAUUGUGCGGGCUGGGCACGUGUGGGUGAAUGCCAAAAAAAUCCAUGGAUGGCUGAGAAUUGCCGAGCUUCUUGUCGUACAUGCUACUCUCAAUAUGAAUUGAGAGAUAAGUGUCGUGGACGAGCUGGAUCUGUUAAGCCUGUUGCUGAACAAAACAUGGACAAUCGCCAGUUUAAUGCUGGUGGUUGGGGUCCUCGUAAUGGGGGAAAUCAAGGAGGUUGGAACCGCGGAGGCGGCGGCGGUGGCGGCUGGGGAAACAAUGACUGGUUCGGCGGCGAAAGAAAUGAAAAUGGUAAUGAAGACAGAAGAAGCCAAUGGAGUGGUUUCGAUCAAUGGGGGGGUCAAAAUAAUUGGAAUUCUGGAGGAUGGGGUGGCGGUGGCUGGGGUGGUCGAUGGGGCAGAAGCGCAUCAGCUCCAGCUUUUUCUCCUGCUGAAUCGAAUAAUGGAAUGUAA